AUGGACGAGCAAAUGCAAGAACUUACGGCAGCAAGAAUGAGCAUCAUAAGAUACGCCCAUGGUUUCAUGGACUCCAUGUCCCUGAAAUGUGUGGUGGAGCUAGGAAUCCCAGACAUCCUUCGUAAGAACGCUAAGCCCAUCACACUCCAAGACCUCGCCGCCGCUCUCCCAUUGCCGGCGGUCAACAUGGCCGCCUCCAAAGAAAGGAACACAAAGGAGAUAUUUGGUGAGAUCUUAAGCAAGUGUGGGUCAGGGCUAUUUGAAGGGAUUGGAUCUAUAGUGGACGUUGGAGGAGGAAAUGGAGAAGCUGCGAAGGAGAUAGUGAAGGAGUUUCCAAGCAUCAAGUGUACUGUGUUUGAUCUUCCACAGAUGAUGAAGAAUAACUCGGAGAAGAGGAGUGAAGUGGAGUGGGUUGAAAGGGACAUGUUUAACUCAGUGCCUCGUGCUGACGCCAUCAUUCUUAAGUAUAUCCUUCACGAUUGGAAUGAUGAGAAGUGCAUGAAAAUUCUUCAGCAAUGUAAAGAGGCAAUACCAGUAGGAGGAAAGGUAAUCAUAGUUGAAAUGGUGAUAGACAUUGAUCAGGAGAUGGACAUGUACCCGGUGUUAGUGUCAGACAUGUUAAUCAUGGUGGGUCUUGGAGGAAAACAGAGGACAAGAGAAGAAUGGGAGAAGCUCAUUCACGAUGCAGGGUACAGCAAAUGCAAAAUAACCCCAUUUUUACCUUUGGCUUCUCUCAUUGAGGCUUAUCCUUAG